AAACAGGAAGUUGCAUUAAUACGCAAAAGAGCUCGAUGAUAAUGAUGCAUUGAUUAUUUAUUCCAUCUACAAGCAACACACUUUCUCUAGUACUGAAAGUGUUGCAUAGAAAAUCUUACGUUGAUUAGAUCUAAUUGCCAUAAACGAAAAUGUGUGAUCCAAUUUUUGAAUACCAGUUUAGACUUAUCUUGAUCGGAGACAGUACAGUAGGUAAAUCCUCCUUGCUUCGUUAUUUUACAGAUGGCAAGUUUGAUGAAGCUUGUGAUCCUACUGUAGGCGUAGACUUCUAUGCUCGUUUAAUGGAAGUAAAACCUGGCGUUAGAGUUAAACUUCAACUAUGGGACACUGCUGGUCAAGAACGAUUCAGAUCGAUCACACGUUCAUACUAUCGGAAUUCAGUAGGUGUUAUGAUUGUCUAUGAUAUUUCAAAGAGAAGCAGUUUUGAAAAUCUGAAGGACUGGUAUGAGGAGGCACGUGAACACAUUGAGCCUCACAAGGCAAUCUUUGUCAUCCUGGGACACAAAGCAGACAAUGAAGAGAGAAGACAAGUCACAUUUAGAGAAGGAAAGCGUUUUGCAGAAAUGCAUGGACUAAAAUUUUUUGAAACAUCAGCAAAGAGUGGGCAGAACGUGGAAGAAGCAUUUGCCUCUAUAGCAAAAGACACAUAUCAACAUUUACAGGAUGGUCAUAUCAAAAUAGAAGAGGGCUGGGAUGGCGUCAAGGCUGGCUUUGCACGCCCUAAAGAAACAGUACAACUUGCUGAGGCAGAAGGGGAGAGUCGCUGUUGUUGAUUUAGUCAUCCACUUCCUUGAAUAAUACAUCACACACACCACAUAUGUGUUAAGUAUAAAUUGUUUACUGUGCAUAAGGUAAAUAAAUUCCAAGCUACUGUUGACCACCAUCUUUCAGACACUGCACGCAUAAAUAAAUCUCUUCUUUUCUUGCUAUAUAUGUCAGUAUGCUUGCCUAGGUUUCUAUAAUGCAUUGUUAGACCAAGAAAACUCAGUUAUUUAAGAGCUGGUCUUCACUGUAUUCAUCUCUGCAUUGUUAAGAAACAAAGUGAAACUAAAGUUGUAACUAUUUUACUUACAAUUUCUCCUCACCUGGUAAUUGGCUUAAAUCGUUUCUAAUUUUAAGUUAGAAGCAUUUGCUUAUUUUUUGGUAGUGUUAAAAGCCAUAUUUUGUUGGUGGUGCUUCUCUGAUAUCAAUGAAUGUAUAACCAUGUGCAAUAUUUUUUUUCCUGAGAUUUUUUUGUAAAUAGUGUUUUAUUUUAAUUGUUGUAAAUAGUCUGUUUUUAAAACAUCAAAACCCAACAGUGAUUAUUAUUGAGACAGUUGUACACAAAUAUUUACAAACAUUCUGAGAUUUUUAAAAUUGGCACAUAUCUUGUGUUGAGACUAGUGUUGUAUUUAGAAAUUUUGUGGCAGAUGUUCAUUUAGAAUUAUGAAAAAUGUUAAAUUAGUCAGGUUUGUGGUCUGUGGUCAGUGUAUUUUAUGACCUCUGCUACUUUUUGGAGGUCCUUUGUAAAUUUAUUCUCAACUAAAUGCUUGUAUUCAUUAUUCAAGAACUUUCCAGUGAUUUAAAAUAUAAAAAUCAGAAAGUUUCUUUAUAUCAGGAUUGGAUUAUUUUUUUAUAGAAUUUGAAACUUGAGAUGUCACUGAAUUAUCAGUAACCUGACCCAAACAUAUUGGCCGUGACGUCUUAUCUAAACAUUUUGAUGUGAUUUGUAUUCUUUCUCUUUCCAUUUAGCUAUGCUAUAGUGGAAGCUCAUGCAUAAUCACGAAAAAAUCAAAUGUUUGAUUGUACUUGUAUCAGUACUUAAAGACAAAUAAAUCUUAUUUUAUGCCAUUGGUUUUUCCUUUGCUUAAUGUAGCUCACACUCCUGUGUAAUUCAGCAGAGUCUGGGUGUUUACAAUUUUUUAACAAGCAAAAAUUAUUUUAAAUAGCUUAAUGUUUUACUUUGAAUGUUAUAAAGUUUCGUAAAUUACUAAAUGAGAUAUUUGUAAGUUGAAACAGGGGUGAGAGCUUGAUGACAUUUUUGUGUUUAAGAAUAUUUAAAUGGAUAAGUUAUAAUAUGAGGUGAAAGUUUGAGAUGAUUGAUGCAAAGAUGUCUUAAUGAGUGUAGAUGAAAUGCAAUGUUUUUUUUGUCUCGUAGUCAUAAAACUAAUGAAAGUUACCUAACUUUUGUUUAGUUUUAGUUAAAAUGUCUUUGGAGUGGAACUAUAGUUUGAAAAUCUUAUCAUUUUAUGCUCCAGUUCAAGUUUUUUAAAACUUGAGGAAAGUUUUCCAAUCUAAAUUUACCUUUGCUACUAAACACUUGUGAUUGGAAUGUGUAACAAUCAUUAGAAUGAGUUGAGUACUAUUUCAGAUAGUACUCCUCAGAUGGAAAUGUUUUUAUAUAUUGUCCUUGGCAAAUAUUUUAUCUUGGCACAAAUGUCAGUGGUGAUUUUGUCAUUGACAUCUUGUCAGCCAUAUAACCCAUUAUAAUAUUAUUCUCAGCGACUUAAGCUAUGUGCUUAGAGAAUGGAUGUGCUGAAUCUUUAAAAAAUGUUUCUUUCUCACAUGUCAAAAAUACGACUCAUCACAGAGGUGUUUUAAAUUAUAUAAUGCUGGAAAGGGACACUUUUACUUAGCAAAAAAUAAAGACUCUUAAUUUUAUAAUUUUGAAAGACGACAAGACACAAGAAAUUAAAUUAAUAAUUGACUGGAAAUAUUUUGGAAUAUUUUCUUUAAUUUCUUAGAAAGUUUUUAAUAAUAUUCACAAAUAAUUAUUUUUUAAAAAUUGAAUCGCAAUUGACAGCAAUUGUACUAUUCAAAUAAUUGUAAUGACCAUAACACUGUUUCAUUUACUGGCCAGUUAGUUACUCCCGGGUAUGGCGUCAUCACAGAAAGUGAGUUAGGGCCAAGUUGCCACUAGUCAUUUAACAACUCACCCACAUUGUAUGCUUUCAUAACAUCAAAAAUAUCAGAUACACAUAUUUCAAUAUUUCUAUUUUAUGUAAGCUACAAGUUUUUAGUGUUUAAUAGUUAUCUUGCUUAAACAUGUCACAACCAUCAUACAUAAUCUAUAAACAUAUCCCCAACAGCUAUGGGUAGAUUAGGUUGUUUUUCUAGCCAACAAAACAAGCUGUUUGUGUUUCACCCAUCUUUUGUGUUUCAACCUUGAUUUAUGAUGUAGGGUUCUACACCUAGAUAAUAGAUGUUAUCUAAAACAAAACACUUUAAGAAAAAAAUAUUUUUUUAGGUUAGGUGAAAAUGAACACAAAAACUUAGACGAACUCCAGUAUUAUCUCUAGUUUUGGUUAGUAGUAAACUAUAUUAUACAUUUGCUUGUAUUGUAUUUGUAGGAGAUGAAAUUUUUUUUCUUGAAAAACUAUUGAAAUAAAACUUGAUUCAAAAUUAUAA